CGCGCCACGCUAACAUGUGGAAGGAAUGCCCUCUCAGCCGAAGUUGUCCGAAUGACAGAAGGGUCAUUCCUAAGCGUUUUGUUCUAGCCUGGUGGUAUUUAUUCUACCGUACGAGCACUGGGUUAAAACGUUUGGUUUGAUGUAUGUAGCGUUUACGGCUGGCGCGUAUUAUUAUGGACAGCGACGCCACGCACGGGAGGUAAACUUUUGUUAAGCCUUAAGGAUCUGUGAGCGGCGCCGACUGACCGUAGAGAUGCUCCGUUUCCUAUCCCAGAAGGCCUUGCUGCGGAUGGCCGCCGUCCGCUCGGCUCUCGGCGGCCUCGCUUCCCUCGAUACGGUGCCGGGAGCGCGAGUUGCGACGGGACGGAAACCCGGCGUGUGCUGGGUGAGCUCAUCGGUGGCGCUCAGGGCUACGGGACCGACCGGUCCCCCCCCGAAGGACGAGGCCCCCCUUAGCCCUCCCCGCAGCCUGGCCGGGGCCGACCCCCAGCGUGGCGCAGCGCCGCAGGAACCUGGACCUGGCUCUGCCCUGGAGGAUCCUGCAGACCACGACCCUCUCCAGGACAAGUCCAUGGGCCUCUUUCAGAGGUUCAAGAAGACCUUCAAACAGUACGGGAAAGUGAUGAUACCAGUGCAUCUGGUGACGUCCACUGUGUGGUUUGGCACUUUCUACUACAGCGCCAUGAAGGGCGUAAAUGUCGUUCCCUUUCUGGAGUUCAUCGGACUUCCGGAGAAGAUUGUUAAUAUCCUGAAGAACUCUCAGGGCGGCAAUGCACUCACCGCCUAUGCCAUGUACAAAAUUGCAACGCCUGCCAGGUACACUGUGACCUUGGGUGGAACGUCGUGGACGGUGAAAUACCUGCGCAAGCACGGCUACUUGUCUACACCCCCUCCGGUGAAGGACUACAUCCACGACAAGAUGGAGGAGACCCGAGAAAGGAUUUCCGAGAAGAUGGAGGAGACCAGAGAGAGGAUUUCCGAGAAGAUGGAGGAGACGAAGGAAAGGUUCGUGGAGAAGGUGGAGGAGACGAAGGAACGGUUCUCAGGAAGAAUGGAAGAGACCAGAGAGCGGCUUGCGGACAAGGUGGAGGAAACCAAGGACAAGAUUUCGGGGAAACUGCAAGAAACCAAGGACAAGGUUUCCUUCCGGAAGAAGGCCGAGUAGAAGCGUUUGUGCUGAACUUGGACUGUGGUUCUGGUGGAUCAGACGGUCGACUGAACGCUCCUGCAUGUGAUGCGACUAACGUGAAUUUGAAGCCUAACCAUUUCACGUGGACGUCCCCGGAGGGCUUCUGCUGUUGGACCCUAGAGGGUGGAUCUGGGCCUGAAAAUAAAUGUUCUGCUGUGUGAAUGGGUGGAACUGUAAGUAAUGAGACCGAGGUACAAAUAAUAAAAGCAGGGUCUCCGGGAAUGUAUUUCCGGCGUUCGUGCAUUUGCCCGAAGUCCGCGUGACCGCACUGGUUCGCUGCUGUACCUGGAAUCGGAAUUGAAUGUUUGUCGGUAUAAAGAUUUGUUUACAAAUACUAAAAUGAUCUUUUCAUUA